AUGCCGCCUCUACCUUCCUGGAGGCAGAUCUUCCAUGUCGCUCAGACUAUCGCCAUCCCUGUAGUCAUCGCCCUGGCCGUUAGCUAUGUCCAAACGAAGACGAAGUCGGACGCGACUCCACCAUCUCUAUAUCUACCUGUCCUUGGCGACAUUGGUUUCAUACCGAGAAAGUUCCCAGUAACUUAUCGACUUGAUGCGGAAGAUUUUGCAGACUACGAACGCGUACAGAAUACCUCGAUAAUCAACGCCCCCGACACGACGGCAGUCAUACUAAACUGGUCUCGUUUUCCCAAUGUCUUGCUUAUCACUUCCCUUUUAUGCGGACCAUGGCUUCGUGACACUGUCGCAAAAGUGGUUGUAUGGAACAACAGCCCCCGCACACUCACCUACGAGGAUUUCAAGAAUACGGGAUGUGCAAAAGACCAGCUGGUAAUCCACAAUUCACAAGGGAAUAUGUAUUUUCAGGGCCGUUUCAUGGCAUGUGCUGGUGUGGGGACACCUUAUUGCUUCAUCCAAGACGACGACUUCCUUAUCCGUCCAGAGAUCUUGCAAACACUAAGAGCGCAAAUAUCUAGCAGCAACACUUCGCAUGCGAUCCAUCUUCUUCCGCCUGAUGAACACUUAUCAUCAUCCCUUCGCGAGAUCCAUGUGCCUAAGCCAGACCCAUCUUACCUCUCGGAUAUCCACACUUCAUUCGCCUGGCUGGGACACGGCACCAUCAUGCACCGUUCUAAAGCAGAUGAAUUUUUGGCUCUAAUGCGGCGUUUGCGCGUGACACCAGAAGAGAUGAAAAUGGCCGACAACUAUUUUACGAUCUUGAGCAACCGAGUGCCCGAAUUUUGGUUUGACCAGGAUUUCCCACUCGGAGGUGGACAAGCAUUUACAGUGGGAGAGGAGGGAGAUGAGAGGAACAGACGACACAUCCUUAGAGCUGCGGAAUAUCUGGACUCGAUCGUACGUUGUGGUUCUGCGUCCUGCGACAGUGCGGACGAUAGUACAAAGCCGUCCCUCGCUAGAAUGCCUUACACGUCUUUGGCCGUGCAUCCUCCACCUACGCCAUGGACACGCGCUGCGUGCAAGGGAGCCACCUGCAUGCUUGAAACGAACAUCAAGUUGUUACCAGACACGAUCACGCAUACAAGCGCUAGCGCGGCUCAUAUGGUCAGUCUUGGCCAGGAAAACCUUGAGAAAAUAGGCGAAGCAGGGAAGCGGCACUACGAGAACCACCCUCCGUCGCAUGCGGUGGACACGCGUCCCGACACCGCCUUCAAGAGCCUGGGCGGUGCCAGGAAGGGAGACACAAUUGCACUAGAUAUCCUCUCGGAUAUCAGCGACGUGCAUGAAUGGAAGGCGAUUGAAAUGGUAUGGCUUGUGGACGCAGAUACCGAACAGAUCUUGCAGGCCAGCACGUUCGAAUCUUCGACAGAUAAUCAGCGCUGGCGCCCAGCAUUACACCGACCGGUCUGCGAUUACACGAGCAUCGCCAACCCUGCAAGUGGUGGGGACCAGGGCUCCGCCAAAACGCUGCGUGAAUGCAGUGUCCAGAUGGUUCUAUCUUCAACGGCCCUGCAUCUGUACGCGAACGGGAGGUACUUUAGGGUGCGAUUGAAUGAAGAUCAGGAGAAGCCAUGGACGGUAUACGAAGUAUGGUUGCGAGGGUUGUAG